AUGAAUCUCGCCGCCGCCUCCUUCGCCUCCCUGCGUGUCUGCUCCAGGGCUACCUCGUCCAGGGCCCUUGCACGCUCCUCUGUCCCCCGUGCCCACUCCCGUCUCUCCGCUCUCGGCUCACGGCAUUAUUCGGAGCAGGCUGCAUCUCAGGAGACUCCUCCUCCAAAAGCCGAAGAUGCAAAGCCCGACGUCGCUGAGCUCGAGAAAAGGCUCAAGGCAAAGGAGGAUGAAGUUACUGACCUAACGGGCCGUCUGCGCUACUUGCAAGCAGACUUCCUGAAUCUCCAGCGUAAUGCGGCGAGAGAGAAGGAGCAGACCCGAGACUAUGCCAUCUCAAAGUUCGCCGGGGACCUCCUUGAGACCGUCGACGUCCUUUCCAUCGCCCUCAAAAGUGUACCCGCGCAGGCUCUCAAGCCUUCGUCCUCGUCCUCCAAUUCUGACGUUCCACCGACACCGGAGCCCCCUCUGCCGAAAAAUCACGAGACAUACCUCCACGAACUUCACGAGGGUGUAGAGAUGACCCAGCGUCAGCUUCUGCAAACCUUGUUCAAAUACCACGUCAAGCCGUUUGACCCCGUAGGCGACAAGUUCGACCCUAAUCACCACGAGGCUCUUUACCAGGCUCCAGUCCCAGGGAAGGAACCCGGAACCGUCAUUGACUGCCAGAAGAUUGGUUACAAAAUCAAGGACCGCGUACUACGAGCCGCACAGGUCGGUGUAGCCCAGGACACUUCAUAG